AUGACAGGGGUGCUGGUGGCGACGAUCAGCAAAGACGGAAAGAAGGCAUGCACGAUCCCCCCAAGCUGUAAGGGGAAGAUGACACAAACCAAGUACAUUACACAGGAGGAAUAUUUUGGCUAUCUGAAGCAGAGUCGUUUCUCUUUUCUGCCUCAAGUGUACGACGCGUCCCCGAGGGUGAUCACCCAGGCACUAGCAAUGGACGUCCCUGUUUUAAUGAACGACAACAUCAUAGGGGGAUGGAAGUAUCUCAACCACAAAACUGGUGAGUUUUUCCACGACAUGAGCGAUAUUAGGGGUAGCUUGCGAAGGAUCCUGCGAAAUGCGGACGUCCCGUACCACUAUGAGCCGCGCAAGUGGGUCCGGGAGAAUUAUGGCAACAACAUUUCGGGCAGAAGAUUGUUGCACUUUGUGAAGCAGCACUUCUCUGACCGCAUCAAGCUGCCCAAGUGCACGGAGUACCUUGUGACGCACAGCGUCCGGUGA